UCUGCGGGUUCCGAGAGCUUCAGUUAGGUUGGAGGCGCCACGGCGGGGGAGCGGCUCGGUUUGGUGGCGGUGAGGGGGAGUCUCCAGCCAGAGACAUGGAUUUAGAUGCUAUUACAGAAUACUCCGCAUUACAUCCCAAGCCCAGUGGACUCAUUCUUCAAUAUGGGACUGCUGGCUUUCGAACGAAAGCAGAACAUCUCGAUCAUGUCAUGUUUCGCAUGGGAUUAUUAGCUGUCCUGAGGUCAAAACAGACAAAAUCUACAAUAGGAGUCAUGGUAACAGCAUCACAUAAUCCUGAGGAAGACAAUGGGGUAAAAUUGGUUGAUCCUUUGGGUGAAAUGUUGGCACCAUCCUGGGAGGAACAUGCUACCUGUUUGGCAAAUGCUGAGGAACAAGAUAUGCCGAGAGUGUUGAUGGACAUCAGUGUGAAAGCAGCUGUGAAUCUGCAACAAGAUGCCUUCAUAGUGAUUGGUAGAGAUACCAGGCCCACCAGCGAGAAACUCUCACAGUCUGUAAUAGAUGGUAUAACUGUUUUAGAAGGUCAAUUUCAUGAUUACGGCUUGGUAACAACGCCCCAGCUGCACUACAUGGUAUACUGUCGAAAUACCAGUGGCCAAUAUGGAGAGGCAACCCUAGAAGGUUACUACCAGAAACUCUCUAAGGCCUUUAUGGAACUUACCAAACAGACUUUGUGCAGCGAAGAUGAAUAUAGAUCACUUAAGGUUGACUGUGCAAAUGGCAUAGGGGCCCUGAAGCUGAAAGAAAUGGAACACUACGUUUCCCAGGGGCUGUCAGUUCAGCUCUUCAAUGACGGCACCAAAGGGAAACUCAAUCAUUUAUGUGGGGCUGACUUUGUGAAAAGUCAUCAGAAACCUCCACAGGGAAUGGAAAUGAAGUCUAAUGAAAGAUGCUGUUCCUUUGAUGGAGAUGCAGACAGAAUCGUUUAUCACUACCUCGAUGUAGAUGGUCACUUUCAUCUCAUAGAUGGAGACAAGAUAGCAACACUGAUUAGCAGUUUCCUUAAAGAGCUCUUGUUGGAGAUUGGAGAAAGUUUGAAUAUUGGUGUUGUACAAACUGCGUAUGCAAAUGGAAGUUCAACACGGUAUCUUGAAGAAGUUAUGAAGGUACCUGUCUAUUGUACUAAAACUGGUGUAAAACAUUUACAUCACAAGGCUCAAGAGUUUGACAUUGGAGUUUAUUUUGAAGCAAAUGGGCAUGGCACAGUACUGUUUAGUAAAGCUGCCGAAACAAAGAUAAGACAACUCACAAAAGAAUUAGAAGAUGAGAGAAGGAAAGCUGCUGCUAAGAUGCUCGAAAACGUUAUUGACUUGUUCAACCAGGCAGCUGGUGAUGCUAUUUCUGAUAUGCUGGUGAUUGAGGCAAUCUUGACGCUGAAGGACUUGACUAUACAACAGUGGGAUGCUCUUUAUAUGGAUCUUCCAAACAGACAGCUCAAAGUUAAGGUUGCAGACAGGCAAGUUAUUAGCACCACUGAUGCUGAAAGACAAGUAGUUACACCUCCAGGACUACAGGAGGCAAUCAAUGACCUGGUGAAGAAAUACAAGCUUUCCCGAGCUUUUGUCCGGCCUUCUGGUACGGAAGAUGUAGUCCGAGUAUAUGCAGAAGCAGACUCGCAGGAAAAUGCGGAUAGCCUUGCACGUGCAGUCAGCUUGGCAGUAUUUCAGCUGGCUGGAGGAGUUGGAGAAACACCCUAACCAGGUUUCUGAAGAUAAUUUUUAUAUUCAUGACAAACUGGAUUUUUAAGAACUUUUUACAAAAUAAUAGUACUGCCACUAAUGUGACAGGUUCAGACACAUUUGUAAUCAUGUUUACGAUGCACCUUACUAGAUUGUUUCUAGAUCUGAUUGUUUUUCUUAAACACUACCACAACUAUUAUUUAGAAACAGGGAAACCUUUUACCUGUUAAAGUGAAACUUGAACCGAAUUUCAGUCUCACUAAUGUAAAGUGCUCGGGGCUUAAUCAUUACCUUUAUAGUACAUUCAGGGACAAAUUCAUGAGGGCUGCUGGAAAAUUAAACCUUACUACCAACUCC